GCAAGAGCACCAAAGGAAGGAGAACAGAUUCAUCUCCACACUACAACUGUCGCGUUGGCCGCAGGAAUUAACUUGAUCCUAUAGCAGUUCAACCUCCAAUGGCGUCACACAGUUGCAAUGCUGGAUUGGAAGAAUAUGACAUCAUCAGUGAAGAGGACAUGGAAGAGUUUAAGGAAGCUCUUCAAGAGGGGAGAAUGAUGGAUGUGGUAUCCAAGGCCAUCAAAAACUUGCAGGCCUUGGAAAAUGCCCGCCUGAACAUUGCGGUGACGGGAGAGUGUGGCUCUGGCAAGUCCUCCUUCGUCAAUGCCAUUCGGGGCUUAGGGGAUGACGAGGAUGGUGCUGCACCCACUGGGGUAGUGGAGACCACAACAGUUCCCACUCCUUACCCACACCCCAAGCAUCCCAAUGUGAUUCUGUGGGACCUGCCUGGAAUAGGCACCCCAGAGUUCCAGCCCAGCACUUACCUGGAAAAAGUGGGCUUCUCUCGCUAUGACUUCUUUAUUCUAAUUGCCUCAGAGCGCUUCAGAUCCAACCAUGCCGAUCUGGCACAUGAGAUCCAGAAGCAAGGCAAACACUUCUACUUUGUGCGCUCCAAAGUGGAUGCAGAUGUGGUGGCGUCUAAAGAGCGACGCAAACAAAAUGAGGAGGCAGUGCUGAUCCAGAUUCGAGAAAAUUGCAGAGAGUUCCUGUUGAAAGAAGGAAUCGUUUCUCCCCAGGUCUUCCUCCUGUCCAGCUGGAAGCUGGACAAGUAUGACUUCAUGGAGCUGGAAGAGACCUUGGAGAAGGAGCUGCCAAGGCAGAAGAAGCAUGCCUUCCUCAUGGCCCUGCCCAACAUCUCACUAGUUAUCUUGCAGAAGAAGAAGGAGGCCUUGCAGAAACAGAUCUGGAAGCUGGCGACUAUCUCAUGUGGGGUGGCUGCCAUGCCCAUCCCUGGUCUUUCAGUAGCCUGUGAUGUGGCUAUCCUGGUUAAGUCUCUCUCGGAGUAUCGCCAAAACUUUGGCCUGGAUGAGGAGUCCCUCAACAAGUUGGCUGAGAAGGUGGCCAAGCCUGUGGAGGAGAUCAAAGAGGCGAUCAAGUCACCGUUGGCCAAAGAGAUCUCCAGGGACUUGGUGGUGAAGAUGUUGACCAAGGCUGGUGGUGGGGCAUUGAUGUUAAUGGAGUAUUUAGCUAGCAACAUACCCAUAUUUGGCUCCUUGGCAGCUGGAGGGAUUUCCUUUGGAACCACCUUCUAUAUGCUCUCGAGCUUCCUUAAUGAAGUGGCAAGAGAUGCUCAAAAUGUUCUCAUCAAAGCCCUAGAAUCCAAUGUUUAAAAGGUUCAGAUCUUAAUGAAUUGUUUAUGCUUUGAUAGCAAGAGAUAUAUCCUCAGAAGAUUCCCUACCCUUUCCUUUCUUUUCUCCUAGGUAGGUUGUAUCUUAUUAUGUUAAAGUUAUGUUUAAGGGAUCUCCCCCCACCCCCCGGCUUUCCUUUCAUACUCACAUAUAUAAUUGCUAUCCUUGAUUAUGUUAUCUGCAUUGUUGUAAUUCUGUUGAAAUAAAAGGCAAGGGGGGGGGACGCUGAAGGAAUUAAUAAAAGCUGAAUUAAGCUAGGCCUGCAAAUAGUUGGCGUGCAAAUAAUACAGUGUCAUUGUGGUCCUGUCCUGCUGAUGAUGGAUCUUACAGGACUUCUAUGUAAACCAACUGAUCUGUUUAGGUAGGUUACAGACAGGCAGCACAGAACCUUGGGCUAGUGCAAUCUGCCCAGCGUGAAGCUUCAAGACUGGUUACUGGUUGCCAAACAGCCAAUAGGGACUCUGCAUAUACCACACAGUACAGUAAACCUCAGUGCAUGGAGAAGGCCUCAGGAAGCUUCUGAAGAUCCUGUUUUAUGGCUUGUAUUAAAUAAUCAUGCCUUU